UGCAAUUAUUGUUCUAAACUUCAUAGAAUCAGUUAUGAAUUUUGUUUAAAGCAAAUAACAUAUUGAAACGAAACAGAACCGUAUAUUAUUAAAAAUGAGUGAAAGUGCACCAGUUAAUGAUGUGCCUGAAAGUAAUGGUGGGACAGAGCAACCUACUUACAAUGGGGAAACUGAGGAACAUACAAACAAAUCACCAGGAAGUGGGGAAGACAAAGCACCUGAUUCUGUGUGUGACAAUGGAGCUAAAAAAAAUAAUACAACUUUGAUCGUUGGAAGUAAUACUACUAAUACAACUAAUAGAUCUAAGAAGAGGAAAAAAGCUCCUAGAGAUGCUACUGCCCCAAAACAACCUUUAACUGGUUAUUUCAGGUUUUUAAAUGACCGAAGAGAAAAAGUAAGGAGUGAAAACCCAACCUUAUCAUUUGCUGAAAUCACGAAACUUCUUGCUUCAGAGUGGAGUAAUCUGCCUGCUGAUCAAAAACAGCAAUAUUUAGAUGCAGCAGAGCAAGAUAAAGAACGUUAUAAUCGUGAAUUUAGUGAUUAUAAACAGACAGAAGCAUACAGAUUGUUUAGUGAAAAACAGUCCUCAGAAAAACAGCAAGAAACUAAAAAAGAACGAAAUGGAACUGAUUUAAAUUCUGAGCAAAAUGAUAUUCAACAGGACAAAGAUAAUGAUUUCACAGGCUUUGAUAUACCUAUUUUUACAGAAGAAUUUUUGGAUCAUAACAAAGCAUGUGAAGCUGAGUUGAGACAAUUAAGAAAAGCUACAUCAGAUUAUGAGGCUCAAAAUGCAGUUCUUCAACGACAUGUAGAUAGUUUGUAUGCAGCUGUAAAUCGUUUGGAAUCUGAAACAAACCAGCAACGCACGACAAAUCAAGCUUUGCAGCGUCAUUUAGAUUCCCUUCGUUCACAAUUAGCCGGUUGUUUUGCCACAGUACCUCUACCAGGAACGAAUGAAGGCGCCACAUUACAAAAUAUCGAUAAUUAUGUUGAAAGACUUGAAUCACUAUUAAGUGGCAAUGCCGAACUAUCUUUGCGAAACGCUGUGCGUAAUGCUGUUUCUCGCCUCGAAUUAAUUGGAUGACGAUCGCCUCCCGGUAGUACAACUACUACAUCAAUAAAACAUCAUCGUUCAAGGCACUCUCA